AUGCAUAAAUUGACGAACAGAGGGGGAGAAGAAGAAGAAGAGUGGAGAACAAAAUUAACGCAGAUACAAGAAAAAUAUCUUCCAAGGUUUAGCUUUUUCCAUCCGAUCAAUCACCAGGAAAAAACACUUUUGACUCCUUUUUCAUGUGAAGCUCUUCAAUCGAAGAAGAAGAAGACGACAAUCGUCAAAUGCUUGACUUCGGUUCCCGGCCUUCUUCAAAACACCUCGAGAAUAAAUAUAAUGGCUUCUUCUGGACUGGGGAACGGAGUAGGCAGUUCGAGAUCUGCCAAAGGCGCAAAGACCUCUUCUAGUUCAGUCGAUUGGUUGACGAGAGAUUUGGUUGACAUGAGGAUAAGGGACAAGGUGGAGACCGAGGAUGAGAGGGAUAGUGAACCAGAUAUUAUUGAUGCGGCUGGUACUGAACCUGGCCAUGUGAUUAGAACCACAGUCCGUGGACGAAAUGGUCAAUCAAGACAGACAGUCAGUUACAUAUCAGAACAUGUAGUCGGUACUGGUUCCUUUGGCAUGGUUUUCCAAGCCAAAUGUAGGGAAACUGGGGAGAUUGUUGCCAUCAAGAAGGUUUUACAAGACAAGCGUUACAAGAACAGGGAGCUACAAAUUAUGCAGAUGCUAGACCAUCCCAAUGUCGUUGCUUUAAAGCAUAGCUUCUUCUCAAGAACAGAUAAUGAUGAGGUUUAUUUGAAUCUUGUCCUUGAGUUUGUGCCUGAGACCGUCAAUCGUGCUGCAAGAAGUUACAGCAGGAUGAACCAGCUGAUGCCUUUGAUAUACGUUAAACUCUACACCUAUCAGAUUUGCAGGGCGCUUGCUUACAUUCAUAAUUGCUUUGGUCUUUGUCACCGUGAUAUCAAGCCUCAAAACCUGCUCGUGAACCCACAUACGCAUCAGCUAAAAAUCUGUGAUUUCGGGAGCGCAAAAGUGUUGGUAAAAGGAGAACCCAAUGUUUCUUACAUCUGUUCUAGAUACUAUCGUGCUCCAGAACUCAUUUUUGGCGCCAGCGAGUACACAACUGCAAUCGAUAUAUGGUCCACUGGUUGUGUGAUGGCUGAAUUGCUUCUUGGACAGCCUCUGUUUCCUGGUGAAAGCGGAGUCGAUCAGCUCGUUGAAAUCAUUAAGGUCUUCCAAAAACGUUUACCACCAGAAGCGGUUGAUCUUCUAUGUCGGUUCUUCCAAUAUUCCCCUAAUUUGAGAUGCACAGCUUUGGAAGCUUGUAUUCAUCCGCUAUUUGAUGAGCUAAGGGACCCAAACACUCGUCUUCCCAGUGGCCGACCACUUCCUCCGCUUUUCAACUUCAAGCCGCAAGAGCUAUCUGGCAUCCCUCCUGAAAUCGUGAAUCGGCUUGUCCCAGAGCAUGCCCUUAACGAGAUGUCUCAACACUCUCAACUCUGCCUGCAACUUUUACCGUCUCUAUCUCUUGCUCCUCUCUUUCGUAAACUUGGGUUCCUACUCUCCGACAUGUCGUUGUGUACAUCUAAUUUCCAUCCUUCAUCUUCUUCUGUCAAUCUCUUCUGCAACAACAACAACAGCUCACAUAAACCCUUUCUUCUCUCUCUCGGAUUCGCCACCUCUAAUUCUUCUUCCUUUGUUGCUCCUCUCAAAUUCUCUACCACCAAUCACGCCCUUAGCUCUCGUUUCACUUCGAACCGACACCAGAGGCGACAGUUUUGGCUCCGGUGCGUCUCAACGGAAUCCGAGCCGUCUAUUUCGGCUGUUCUCGGCGGUAACGGCGGCUCUGAUGAGAGAGUGAUUGUUCUAGUAAUCGGUGGAGGAGGGAGAGAACACGCCCUGUGUCACGCCUUGAAACGUUCUCCGUCCUGUGACUCUGUGUUAUGCGCACCUGGAAACCCCGGUAUUUCGAGUUCUGGUGAUGCUACUUGCAUCCCUGACCUUGACGUAUCAGACAGUUCAGCUGUCAUCUCUUUCUGUCAAAAAUGGAAUGUCGGUUUAGUGGUUGUUGGGCCUGAAGUUCCUCUUGUUGCUGGUCUCGCCAAUGACCUGGUUAUGGCCGGCAUCCUCACCUUUGGCCCUUCUUCUCAAGCUGCUGCUCUUGAAGGUUCCAAGAACUUUAUGAAGGAUCUUUGCCACAAGUACAAUAUCCCUACUGCUAAGUAUAAAACAUUUUCCGAUGCAUCUGCUGCGAAAGAAUACAUUAAAGAGCAAGGGGUGCCAAUCGUGGUUAAAGCAGACGGGUUAGCAGCUGGAAAAGGAGUCACAGUUGCCAUGGAACUAGAGGAGGCUUAUGAAGCUGUUGACUCCAUGCUGGUCAAAGGUGUGUUUGGUUCUGCAGGAUGUCAGGUGAUUGUGGAGGAGUUUCUGGAAGGAGAAGAAGCUUCCUUUUUCGCACUUGUGGACGGAGAAAACGCCAUUCCUCUAGAAUCUGCUCAGGACCACAAGCGGGUUGGAGAUGGAGAUACCGGUCCUAACACGGGAGGUAUGGGAGCGUAUUCUCCUGCACCGGUCUUGACCAAGGAGCUGCAGGAUGUGGUGAUGGAGACUAUAAUCCAUCCCACUGUCAAAGGAAUGACAGAAGAAGGAUGUAAGUUUGUCGGAGUUCUCUUUGCGGGUCUCAUGAUCGAGAAGAAAUCCGGUUUGCCUAAGCUGAUUGAGUACAAUGUCCGGUUUGGAGAUCCAGAAUGUCAGGUGCUAAUGAUGCGGCUUGAGUCUGACCUAGCUAAAGUUUUGCUAGCGGCUUGUAGAGGCGAGCUAAGCGGCGUGACGCUGGAUUGGUCAAAAGAUUCAGCGAUGGUGAUUGUAAUGGCAAGCAAAGGUUAUCCUGGUGCUUAUGCGAAAGGGUCGAUCAUCAGAAACCUGGAAGAAGCUGAAACGGUGGCUCCAGGAGUGAAGGUCUUCCAUGCGGGGACGGAUCUUGAUUCAGAAGGGAAUGUUGUGGCGAGUGGGGGACGUGUUCUUGGUGUCACGGCCAAGGGUCAAGACUUGGAAGAGGCCCGCGAAAGAGCGUACUGGGCGGUCCAACAGAUCAACUGGCCCGGAGGUUUCUUUAGGCGUGACAUUGGCUGGAGAGCGCUUCGUCAGAAACAAGUAGCUACAAAAGAGUGAAGAGAGAAUUUUGCUGUAACGGAUUGUAAACGAAGACACCAAAACAUUACAAAGAUUUGAAUCAAUAAUAACAUCAAGACCCAAUUUUGAAGUUUUCAUUCGAUGUGUUCUCUAUAA